GCCAUAAAAUAUACCUACCUACAUUAAUCUUCUAACACAGGAUUAUCGCUGCCGUGAGGCGACUAGCUUUAUUAGAAUGAAAAACAUUACGCUAACCCUAAAACUGUGGCUUCAGUCCAAAAUAGCCCACCAUAGCGAGAUCGCGUGUGCUCUGUUUAUACCGGCAACAUGGGCUUGGCCGGGGUUAAAAACGAUGUUAAAACAUUAUUCCUUAUUAUCAUUACACUUGUUGGGUUACUUCCUGGGUUCCUGUCACUGUCUUUUGGCUUGUCGUAUGCAAUCACCUAUGGCUCGAGAUACGGCCAUGUUUACAUUGUCGUGUACUUCGUGAUUGGCGUCUUAUACCUCACCGUGACUGCUCUGGGCUAUUGUGGGGCUAUCAAGGAAAAUAGGAUCAUGCUGUACGUAUAUUCCGGUAUCAUGGCGGUGUCAGCAGUAAUAAACCUGGUGUCAUUGUGUCUGGUCGAGCGAAGCGAUAUGACAGUGGCUGUCGGACCGGUCCUUAAUAUUUUCGGAGCGAUACUGGCAUUGUCAUUGGCGGUGAUCCUGGCGGGUCUGACACGCAGGGGCGACCAGGGCUGCGUGCUGAGCCCGCCACCUACUCCGUACACGCCUAACAUAUAAAUUAAUAUGUCUGAACAUGCUAGCCUUUUAUACAUAUGCCACGCCUAUACGGGGUUAACUUUUAUAAUCAACGAUAUUUUGUUUGGAUAUGAUGGGUCAAAACAUUAAUGUUUCGUUUAAUUUUGACAAAUUUUAUCCCUUUCCAUUUUGUCUCAAAAAUAUUAUAUAUUGUGUCAAAAAAUAUGUGGGAAAAUAAAAAUAAGUUUUUACCCCCGACGAAAAAACGACGUGGUGUUAUAAGUUUGACGAGUCUGUCUGUCUAUGUGUGUGUGUGUCUGUCUGUGGCAUCGUAGCUCUCGAACUGAUAGACUGAUUUAGAUUUCGUUUCUUUUUAUUUGAAAGCUGAAUUAGUCGCGAGUGUUCUUAGCCAUCUCUGAUUCGUCAAAAAAUCGGUCAAUUAUGUCAAAGUUUCCUCCAAGAUUUUAUUAUAGUUUUGGGUCUGGUAUCAGCUAUAAGAUCAUAUUAAAUAUUGCCGGUUAUAAAAAUUACACCCUGUAGUGCGCGGCGAGCCAUAGGUCAUUGCUGAACCCACCAGUGGCUUUGUACACACCUAAAAAUUAAUUUAAUGUGUUUGAACAUGCUAUAUGCCUUUGGAAAGUCACGCCUGUGUGUUGUAAAUCAAUCAAUAGAAUUUGCGAAAAAUGUAGGUUAACAAACUUAGUAGGCAUAUUUCAAUGGAUGGUUUUUUGACGUUCUCCACAAGUUUUAUAUUUCAUUAAAAUAUCUGCCUUAUUUAUAGGCUAUUUAAUUACAGCUAAUAAAACA